AUGACUUCUCAUCGUUCUUUCCAUAAUGGCAAUCAUCAUCAACGAGGUUAUAAUUUGCAUACACGCCCCAAUUAUCAGCCUUCUAGACAAUAUAAUCUUGAUGAUUAUGUUAAUCCAAACGUAUAUAAUGCAUCGUUUGCUCAAUAUGAGUACAGUGCUCGACAAUUUAGGAAUGGCAAUCAUCAACAACGAGGCUAUAAUUCGCGUAGAAUCCCCAAUUAUCAGACUUCUAGACAAUAUAAUCUCGAUGAUUAUGUUAAUCCAAACGCAUAUGAUGCAUCGUUUGCUCAAUACGAGUACAUUGCUCGACAAUUUAGGAAUGACAAUCAUCAACAACGAGGCUAUAUCGCAUGCCCCAAUUAUCAGCCUUCUACACAAUAUGAUCUCGAUGAUUACGUUAAUCCAAACGCAUAUGAUGCAUCGUUUGCUCAAUAUGAGUACACUGAUCGACAAUUUAGGAAUGGCUAUCAUCAACAACGUCAACAACAACGAGGCUAUAAUUCACGUAAUGCUCCAAGACGCCCCAAUUAUCAGCCUUCUAGACAGUAUGAUCUCAAUGAUUAUGUUAAUCCAAAUGCAUAUGAUGCAUCGUUUACUCAAUAUGAGUACAUUGAUCGACAAUUUAGGAAUAGCUAUCAUCAACAACGAAGCUAUAAUACGCGUAAUGCUCCAAGACGCCACAAUUAUCAGUCUUCUAGACAUUACGAUCUCGAUGAUUAUAUUAAUCCACACCCAAUUCAUGCUUUUCAACCUCCUCUGCCCUACUGUUAUUCAGUCUUAGAAUCACUUGGAAGAGAAAUUCGAGAUUUCGUUUUCGUCCUCGAUCAUGAGGAUGAUCAUGGUGAUGUACUGAAGUAUUUGAAAAUAAGAAUUCAUCAUGCUCCUGAAGUAGUAGCACCUGAUGUAGAAUCAGAUAUCUGUGCUAUAUGUCAAUCUGAAUAUGAAAACGAAGAGAAUAUAGGAGCGUUGCAAUGUGGACACGAGUAUCAUUCAGAUUGCAUCAAACAAUGGCUGAUGAGGAAGACAGAUUGUCCGAUGUGCAGAGCUUCAGUUUUGCCUUCACAAGAACAGAAACUAUAG